AUCUUUUAACUAGUUUGCUUUGCACUAGACAGCUCUCAGCUCAGCAUCACAUUCCUUCGUGGCGUACUGGAGGUGCGAAGCAUCCGGACAGCAGAACACUCACCAAUCAGCAAUGGAGAUAUUAUCUUAGCUGCUGGACCGGAGCGCUCUGGUCCGCCGUGAGCCAUGGCGACGGAGGCGGAAGAAGACAUCAAGUUCCUGUGGAAGUGGCGCAAGUACCUGCUGCUGCUCGCCACGCUGGUCGCCGGUGUCACCUACGUGGCGGGGCUCAACCCGCCGGGCGGCGUGAGGUCGGAGGAGGCCGACCCUGACCCACCGGCGCCGGCGCCGGUGGUCUACCCGCACCGCGUCGGCGACCCGGUGCUCGCGGCCACCUACUCGGCCAGGUACUCCGCCUUCUUCUACUGCAACGCCGCCGCCUUCGUCGCGUCCCUGGUGGUCAUCAUGUUCCUGCUGGACCGGCGCAUCAGCGGCAGCCGCGUCGGCCUCACCGUGCUCCGCUCCGCCAUGCUGCUCGACCUGCUCGCCCUCAUGGCCUCCUUCGCCGCGGGGAGCUGCCGCGACGUGGUCGCCUCCGUGUACGUCUCCGCGCUCUUCGCGCUCGUCUUCGCCUACGUCGCCAUCCACGUCUGCGUUUCCUCAUCAAGUCCGAGGCGGUUGCUGCUCCGGAAGCUGGCGGACUCCGGCGUCUCGCCGAGCUCCGUUUCCUCCUCUAGUCCGAGAGGGGUGCUGCUCCAGAAGCUGGCGGACUCCGGCGUAGUUUCGCCGGGCUCGGAGGAGGAGAGGCUCAAGCUCAAGGAGCGGCGCAAGUUCCUCCUGCUGCUCGCCACAUUCGCGACGCCGCUGACGUACGGCGCGGGCCUGGCGCCGCCGGGGGGCUUCUGGAGCAAGAGCGUGGACGGGCACAUCGCCGGCGCCCCGCUGCUGCACGACGGCCGGUACAAGAUCCGGUACCACGCCUUCUUCUACGCCAACGCCACGUCCUUCGUGGCGUCCCUCGCCAUCAUCAUGCUGCUGAUGAGCAGGACGCUGAGCCACCUCCUCGCCCGGUCGUACGCGCUGCCGGUGUGCGUCCUGGUGGAGUUGCUCGGCCUCAUGGCCGCCUACGCCGCCGGGAGCUGCAGGAGGGUCGACACCACCGUCUACAUCGUCUCCCUCGCCGGCGCUGUGCUCCUCAACAUCCUGCUGCAGGCCGCCGUCGCGCUGCUCGCCAUGGACACGUUCCACUUCCAACGGUGGCGCAAAGUCAUCUGCGAUGUACUAACCUGCGCCAGCUGCUUGGAUAGGAAAAGGAAAAGGAUGCCGGGUAGUGCUGCUACUAAUGCCACGGCGACGGUCCCGGCCACACCCCCGCAAGGUGUAGAGAGCAAGAACGGCGCUCUCGCAGCAGAGGAGGAGAAGUCGGAGGAGGAGGAGGAAAGGGAGGAGUCGCGGUCGCUACUCCUGCUGCUGGCCACGCUCGCCGCGACGGUGACCUACCAGGCAGGGCUGAGCCCGCCGGGCGGCGUCUGGCAGGAAGGCCAACCGCAUCGCACACCGGGGGACCCGAUUCUCCUCGACAUAAGUCCCAUGAGGUACAAGGCGUUCUACCACUGUAACACGGCGGCGUUGGCGGCAUCGCUGGUCGUCAUCGUCAUCGUGCAGAGCAAGGAGCUGAGCUCGGGCGCCGCCCUCAAGGGCACCGCGCUCAAGACGGCCAUGAUACUGAACCUGUUCGGCCUCAUGGGCGCGUACGCCGCCGGGAGCUGCCGGGACGCCUCCACCACCAUCUACGUCUCUGCCCUGGCCGUCGCCGUCUUCGUCUACUCCAUCGCCAAGGUCGUGGCGUACACGCUUACUGGGCGUAGCAGCUGGCUGAUGGACCGGGUGCACGACAUGUCCGACACGCUUGCAGGGUGGCUCCAGCUCUCGGGCGACAACCAGCCCAAACUGGACCUCGAGAAGAAGCGUAAGUUCUUGCUGCAGCUCGCCAUCCUCGCCGCCACCGUCACGUACCAAACCGGGCUGAACCCGCCGGGCGGGUUCUGGCCGGAGAGCAAGGAGGAGAGGAAGCUCAUCGCCGGGGACCCGAUCCUGCUCGACUACUACUGGAGCAGGUACCAGGUUUUCUUCUACUGCAACGCGACGGGGUUCAUGGCGUCGGUGGCCGUCAUCCUCCUGCUGGUGAACCAGACGCUGUACAAGCAGGUCAUUCGGAGCAACGCGCUCCACGUCUGCAUCGUGGUGGGGCUGCUGGGCCUCAUUGGUGCCUACGCCGCCGGCAGCUGCCGGAAACUACGCACGUCCAUCUACGUCUUCGCGCUCGUGGCCCUGGUGGUCGCCUUCCUCAUCCUGCAGAUCCUGCUUUUCGUGUCAGCAGACCGCUUCCAUUGGUCAGAGCUGCAAUGUCUUCCGACGUGGCUCCGAAGGCUAUUUGAGCCGCUGUCUUCGUCGCCGGCAGGCAGCGACGGCGAGAAUAACAAGAGCAAGCAACACCAAAAAAGCAGCGAGGACUACAUGAAACGCAAGUACCUGAUGCUGCUCGGCAUCCUGGCCGCGAGCGUGACGUACCAGGCGGGUCUCGCGCCUCCGGGCGGCACGUGGGGCGACGACGCGCCGGCGCCGACACGGACGGCGACGGGCAACCCGGUGCUGCUCGACACCCACGGGGCGCGGUACCAGGCCUUCUUCUACUGCAACGCGACGUCGUUCAUGGCGUCCGUCGUGGUGACCAUGCUGCUGCUCCAGCGCACGGUGAAGCGGCGCGGCGCGCCGCUGUGGGCGAUGCAGGCCGCCGUGGUGCUGGACCUGCUGGGGCUGCUGGGCGCGUACGCCGCCGGCAGCUGCAGGAACCUGGAGACGUCCGCGUACGUGAUCGCGGUGGUGGCCGGCGUGGUCGUGUUCGUCACGCUGCACGUGCUGCUGUCGUUCGACGCCGUGGUCACCAGGGCCAAGGAGCUCAGGGUGGUCAGGUACUUGGGGUCGGGAGGGAGCGGUUCCUGACGAUGGAUGUCGACGAUGAUCAGGUCGGCUUGCAAAGUGCAAACGGCGGCAAUGUGAAGUUUGCAUUCCGUUGGUUUGCUGAUCAGAAACUUAUCUGUGUCGGAUUUUUUAUUGUGUGUCGCCGUCGCCGUCGCCGUCGCCGUGUUGAACCCUGGACUGCGGAUUUAUGUUA